AUGGAGGAACAAAUGACAGCAACGAAAAUAGAAGAGAGAACGCCUCUACUCGAUCUUUCGAUAUCGGUUCCCCCUCAGCCAGGACAAGGUCUGACUGUCGUAACAGCCAGUAUCUUCAUUGUGGCUGAAAUUGCUGGAUCGGGACUCAUUACUUUACCAAAGGCGAUGGAAGACACCGGAUGGAGUGGUGUAGCUGUUCUCUUUGUGAGUUAUGCGUUGUCCACAUUCACGGGGGUGAUCCUGUCCAAGGACUGGAAUAUUUUGAUCAGCCGUCACUCGGAAUAUGCGCAGAACACUCGGCGUCCCUAUCCGGCACUCGGUCAGAUAACUUAUGGUAGACCUGGCAGUGAAAUUUUCCUGUUUUUUUUAUCUAUCUAUCUAUCUAUCUAUCUAUCUAUCUAUCUUAGUCUGUUCAUUAAGUUUGUUCAUAUCUAUCUAUCUAUCUAUCUAUCUAUCUAUCUAUCUAUCUGUGCAUAUAUGUGUGCAUAUGUAUGUAUGCGUAUGCGUCUAAUUUUAGUGUCGUUCUGCAUCAUCUUCACAUUGUUUGGUGGCUGCGUUGUAUUCCUCUUGUUGACUGGAAAUAUUUUUAGUCGCUUGGUUAUUCGUCUUGGGGCCAACAUCUCCAUCUGUGAUGCCAUUCUCAUAUUCGGAGGAGUUCUUAUUCCCAUAUCUUGGCUUGGAACACCCAAAGACUUUUGGCCUGCUGCUCUCGUUGCAACCCUUGCCACGUUCACAAGUUUAGUGCUCUUGUUGAUGUUAAUUGCGUAUGACAUAACGCCGGAAAGAAUGGCCCGUGUCAGACACGAUACACCUACCUUAGUUUCCUUCUUCACGGCCUUCGGUACAUUCGUUUACUCGUUUGGUGGCCACUCCGUCUUUCUGACUAUCCAGUCGGAUAUGCGAACAAGUACCGAUUUCUCAAAAGCCCUUAUCAUUGGCUUCAGCGGUGAGUUGGCAUGA